AUGCUGGCGUACUUGUGCGAAAAAGCCAAUGGCGAUUUGCGCACGAUUGUGAAAGGGCGUGUCCAAGAUAGUGAUGACGGUAACACUGAGAACCAAGGGAUUGAGGAAGCCGAAACGGCCGACAGAGCGCAACCAUCCAUUCCUCCGGCGCCGACCGCAGCGUCCAAGAAGUCUACCCGCAAACGUCCUCGUCGCAAUUGGUUCAACUAG